GAAAAAUUAAAAAAAUAUUUAGGUAGAGAGAGAAAGAAGAAAGAGCGAAGUUUGCUCCCACCCAUGAUCCAAUCAACAGCUCAGCUCAAAGGAAAGGAGAGAGAUCAACACAAAAAUUAUACAAGUCUCUAACUUUCAUUGUUUGGUCUUAAAAAGCUUCACCGAUUUUUUCUCUUUCUUUUCAUCCUCUUGAGAUCUAGAGAGAGACACAAAACACACAUACAUAUGUCUUAAGCUUUCCUCUGUUUCUGCCUCUUGGUGAUCAUAUAAUUUCGUAGAGGAAGAAAAAGAAGAAGAAGAUGCUGCAGAGAGCGGCGAGUAAUGCGUAUUCAUGGUGGUGGGCGAGUCAUAUUCGUACCAAACAAUCUAAAUGGCUCGAACAAAACCUUCAAGAUAUCGAAGAGAAGGUGCAAUAUGUGCUCAAACUAUUACAAGAAGAUGGAGACUCUUUCGCCAAGCGUGCGGAGAUGUAUUACAAAAAGAGACCAGAACUCAUAACAUUCGUGGAAGAAUCUUUCAGAGCUUACAGAGCCUUAGCCGAACGUUACGACAAGAUCUCAACAGAGCUUCAAAACGCCAACACGACCAUCGCCACUGCUUUCCCUGACCAAGUCCCAAACUUUGCAAUGGACGAUGACGACGAUGGCCCCUCUAGAUUCUCCAAAAGACUGAACCUCUCUGGUCCCAACGCUCCUAACGUCCCCAAGCUACCUGUUAAAGACUUGAAAAGCGCGGUUAGAGUGGCUACCAAGAAGCUUCAACCAAGAAAGUCUAUGAAGUACACUGGUGGUUCGACCAAUGUGGUUGUCAAGAGUUCUGGUUUGAGUAAGGCCGAGGCUAUGGGAGAGAUUGAUAAGCUGCAGAAGGAGAUUUUAUCUUUGCAGACGGAGAAGGAGUUUGUGAAGAGCUCUUAUGAGAGAGGGUUGUCAAAGUAUUGGGAGUUUGAGAAGAGUAUUAAGGAGAAGCAAGAGAGAAUCUGUGGUUUGCAGGAUGAGUUUGGUGAGAGUGUUGUGAUUGAAGACGAUGAAGCGAGGAGGUUGAUGACCGAGACUGCGAUUAAGUCGUGUCAGGAGAAGCUGGUGGAGUUGCAGGAGAAGCAGGAGAAGGCUUAUGAAGAAGCUAGAGAGGAGCAUGUGAAGAUUGUGGAGUCUAAAGAGAAGCUGAGGUCUAUGGCGAGUCAGUUUCUAGGGGAGGAGAGUGCCUUAGAUGAUAGUGAUGAUGUUGGAAAAGAGUUGGAACAUGAGAUGAGAGAGAUGUCUAGGAAGAAGCAAGAGCUGGAGUCUGUGAAGGAGAAGAUUAGGGAGCAUUUUGAGUCUGGUGUGAACUCUUCGUUAGAUGCUACAGAGAUGGCUGAGAGAGUUGAUGAGCUUGUGAACAAAGUGAUUAGCUUGGAGAGUGCGGUUUCCUCUCAGACUGCUUUGAUUCAGAGGUUAAGAAACGAGACCAACGGUCUUCAGACGCAGAUCAGUACUCUUGAGACCGACAAGGCUGUUCUUGCGGAUGACAAGAGUGAUCUGAGGAAGAAGCUUAAGGAAAUGGAGGAGAGACUCAAAGCAUUGCAGGACUUGGACAGGAAUGUUAUGGUUAAGAGUAGCAGUCUGAGUACAGAGUUUGAUGCAGCUUGUACUAAUCUUGAUAACCUCUCUACUGGGAAUUUGGAUGAGGUUAAGCCAGAGAGUGAGUCUGAUAGCUUGGUGAUGAAGAAUGAUGUGGAAGGUGACAAGAGGAGCUUAGAUGUUUCUGGAGAUAGUGAGGAACAUCUAAAGGAAAUGGCCAAGGAGAAGAAAGAGGAAGCUGAGAAGAGUGAUCUCAUCAUCCCAAGUAAAAGUUCAGAAGUGGUUUUGGAAUCUACUGAAAAGAUUGAUUCUGAGAAGACAGAGACUGUUGUUGAUAAUGUUUUGGAGAAGCAGUCUGAAUCAGACAAGAGAGAUUCUGUUCCAGAGAAUGUUUUAGAGAUGCAAGCUGCAUCUGACAAGACAGAUCAUGUCUUAGAGAAGCAGAUGUCUUCUAAAGAAUCUGAUAUUACUUUCAAUAGCAAACAGAAAGAGGAAGGUGAACCAGAUUGGAAAGAGAUGUACAUGAAGGGAAUGGAGAACAGAGAAAAGCAUCUGCUCACCGAGUACACAACCAUUCUAAGAAACUACAAAGACAUGAAGAAAGCUCUGGACGAGACAAAAACAAAGAACGCAACAAAAGACGAUGAGAUCAAGCUACUCAGAGAGAAGAUGUCCCUCCUGCAGAAGGGUCUAGCAGACAGUAACGACCUGUUGGAAAGCCAGAUGUCAAACGACGACUACUCCAUCGGUUUCAUGGCUACAGAGAACGAGAACAUGUCCCUUGUCGAGGAACAGUUCAGGAUGAACAUAGACGAGCUUCUAGAGGAGAAUCUUGACUUCUGGUUAAGGUUCAGCACAGCUUUUGGACAGAUACAGAGCUACGACACAUCAAUAGAAGAUCUACAAGCCGAGAUAGCAAAGCUGGAGCAAAAGAAGAAGCAGGACGGAAGCAGCACAGCUAAAUACGCACUGAGAUCAGAUGUUAGACCACUUUUCCGACACUUGAGGGAGAUAAACACAGACCUUGGUCUCUGGCUUGAGAAAGGUGCAGCCCUUAAAGAGGAAUUAAAAUCAAGAUUUGAGUCUUUGUGUAACAUACAGGAAGAGAUAACAAAGGCCUUGAAGUCAAGUGCUGAAGAUGAUGACUUCAGGUUCACGAGCUAUCAAGCAGCUAAGUUCCAAGGUGAGGUGUUGAAUAUGAAGCAGGAGAACAACAAAGUGGCUGAUGAGUUACAGGCGGGGUUAGAUCACAUUACCACGCUUCAGCUAGAGAUUGACAAGACUCUAGGGAUGUUAACCGAGGAGUUUGCGCUUUCUGGUUCGAAGAACAGGUCUGAACUUGAGCUUCAGCACUCGGAUAGUCGCUCAAGAGUGCCCUUGAGGUCGUUCAUCUUUGGCUCAAAACAGAAGAAGGCAAAGCCGUCUAUAUUCUCAUGUAUGCAUCCUUCACUAUACAGGAAGAUGAAGACUUCUACAUCAACAACAUAGAUUGAUCACAGCUUGUAACUGGUGAAGCAAGAGGAUUGUCUCCCAGUUUUUUUUUUUUUAUUCAUUUUCUUCUUUAAAAGUUUGUAUCAGAACCAUUACAAGUAACAGAGUUUGUGAUUUUGUUUGU